CCGAGCUCCUCUAUUUUCCCGCUACAGAGCCAAGCUGUCUAAGCACCCUCUCAGCAAGGGAACCACGCUCGAUUCUCUCAAGGCUCAAGCCCAAAUCCUUGAGCUCAAGUACGGAGCUGCUAGAAAGCAAGCUGCAUUCUCUGCGCCUCACAAUGGACAGGACCAAGAGUCCGACUUUGGCAUUUUGCCAGUGGACGGUGACGAACGAGCCAGCGCUUGGUAUGCAGAAGCCAAAAAGGGCCACGGCGUUCCUCUGAGUGACUUUAUGAACGCGCAGUACUUUGCAGACAUUACGCUCGGUACUCCUCCCCAAAACUUCAAGGUCAUUCUCGACACGGGUAGCUCCAACCUUUGGGUUCCCUCUACCAAAUGCAGCUCCAUUGCCUGCUUCUUGCACUCCAAGUAUGACAACUCGCAAUCCUCCACAUACAAGAAGAACGGCACCGAGUUCAAGAUUCAAUACGGCAGUGGGGCCAUGGAGGGCUACGUCUCUCAGGACACCUUGACCAUCGGUGACAUUACCAUCAAGGGUCAGGACUUUGCCGAGGCCACCUCUGAGCCCGGCCUCGCCUUUGCCUUCGGCAAGUUCGACGGCAUCCUCGGUCUUGCUUACGACACGAUCAGCGUCAAUGGCAUCGUCCCUCCAUUCUAUCAGAUGGUCAACCAGGGUUUGCUCGACGAGCCGGUCUUCAGCUUCUACCUCGGAUCAUCCGAGGAGGACGGUGGCGAGGCCGUGUUUGGUGGUAUCGAUGAGAAUCAUUACGAGGGCAAGAUCACUUAUGCUCCCCUGCGCAGAAAGGCGUACUGGGAGGUCUCUCUCGACGCCGUCUCUCUCGGCAAAGACAGAUUGGAGCUCGACAACACUGGCGCAGCCAUCGACACUGGAACAUCCCUCAUCGCUCUGCCCUCUGACAUGGCUGAGCUCGUCAACAAGGAGCUUGGAGGUAAAAAGGGAUGGAACGGACAAGUGACUGUCGAGUGCGAGAAGCUCGACUCUUUGCCCGACUUUACCUUUGAGCUCGAUGGCAAGCCGUACACUCUCAGCCCAAAGGAUUACAUCCUUCAGGUGCAGGGUACCUGCUUGUCCCCAUUCACUCCUCUCGACAUUCCUCCCCCUGCUGGCCCCAUCUGGAUUGUUGGUGAUGUCUUCCUCCGCAAGUACCACACCACCUACGACCUCGGCAGAAAUGCCGUCGGCUUUGCCAAGGCCAAGUAGACUCCGCGCGCGACGCAUGGGUCGAAUGAUGUUGCACGCGACUCGAGAUGCACAGAGAGGGCGAGCUUGCCCCAUUCUUGUCCCCUCCGUCUUGUCAAUGGUGCUUCACUGAGCUAGGAGGCUGUACCCUUGAGCGGAUCACGC